AAGUUGUGGCAUUUUUCAGGCGUGCUAAAAUUGUUCAGCUGCCUCAGUGAAAUUCCCUUAAAGUCAACUCUUGAAGAAAAUUUUUGCAAGAAAAGUUUUUUUGUGGUUGCAGUUGGUAAACUAGUAAUUUGCAAGUACCUGUCAGAGCACACGCAAUAUGGCGUGUCCAUUCUUUCGUCGGGCCGAUUCGCUAACACGGCAGCCUUCGGUUGUUGUGGAGCACGGCGCAAAUUGGGCCCUCGAGGAUGAGGAAUUGUCCGAUGAUGCUUUAACUUUAACUCAUUUGCAAAUGGCCAUACAACUCCUGACGGCUCCAUCAAAUGAGGAUCUCAAUACGGCCGUCACCUCAUUGGUGGCCAAAUAUCGCCAAAGUUGGCCCAAUAUACACAAGCUUAAAUUAGAUCCGAACACCUUUAAGAGUUGUGCCAACUAUGACUAUCUGGGCGACAUACAAGAGUUGCUGCUAAAAAUGGAUGAGGCCAGUGCCAGUGAGAUUCUCGUAUUGUUAGGGGAAGAACUCAUUACCUGCUGCUGCACAGGAAUCAUUGAGCGGGCUUUUCGUUGUCUGGGCACAGAUCUUCAGGAGUUUCUGGGCUCCCUCGAUGGAGUGUAUGAUGUCCUGAAGUUGCAGGAGGAUGAUGUAACCGAUACUGGAUUCGUGUGUGCCGGCGAGGGAGAAUUAAUUUUCACCUCAGAGCGUCCAGUGAUUGCUUGGCUCCUGCUGGGCUCACUCAAGGCUCUGACUCGCAUGCUGUAUAAGGUGGAUGUUAAUAUCAAAAUCGAACCAGUUGAAGGAGAUGCUCGUCGCUAUCGUUAUCUCUUUUCUCUCGUGAAGGACAGUUCCCAAUCAAUGCUGAUGAGUCGUCCGCCUGCGGUGGCCACUGCCAAGCCGCUGCCUGAAACAGUGCAACGAAGCAAUUCAAGCAAUGCUUCAGAUUUGCAAAUGAGCUCGGCCAACUUCUGUAAGAUGUUUCCCUGGCAUUUUAUUAUGAAUGAACAACUCGAACUGGUGCAGCUGGGACGAGGUUUUAGCAAGCUAUAUAAGCCAUAUCUGGCCGAUUUUGGCUGCCUGGCCAGCACUUACUUUGACUUCAAGCGACCCAAGGGCUUGACCAUGAAAUUCCGUGACAUUGUGCGACGCACUUAUACUCCAUUCCUCAUAGGACUAAUGAGUCCGCCGGGUGUGGAUGACUUUCCAGCCGUAGGAUUGGAGAUCAAGGGGCAAAUGGUUCAUUGCCCGGAAUCCAAUUCUCUACUCUUCAUUGGAUCCCCAUUUCUGGAUGGGUUGGAUGGCCUCACGUGCAAUGGUCUCUUCAUCUCUGACAUUCCCCUGCACGAUGCAACACGUGAGGUAAUUUUGGUAGGCGAACAGGCUCGAGCCCAAGACGGUUUGCGUCGUCGCAUGGACAAACUGAAGAGCAGCAUUGAGGAGGCCAAUUCAGCUGUGACCAAGGAGCGUAAGAAGAAUGUAAGCCUCUUGCAUUUGAUCUUUCCCGCUGAAAUCGCAGAGAAAUUGUGGCUUGGCUCAUCGAUUGAUGCCAAAACUUAUCCGGAUGUGACCAUUCUGUUCAGUGACAUUGUUGGCUUCACCAGCAUCUGCUCGAGAGCCACGCCCUUUAUGGUCAUUAGCAUGUUGGAGGGCUUGUACAAGGAUUUCGAUGAAUUCUGUGACCUAUUCGAUGUCUACAAGGUGGAGACCAUUGGUGAUGCCUAUUGUGUGGCCAGUGGAUUGCAUCGCGCUUCCAUUUACGAUGCUCAUAAGGUCGCUUGGAUGGCUCUGAAAAUGAUCGAUGCUUGCUCCAAGCAUAUAACCCAUGAUGGUGAACAAAUCAAAAUGCGAAUUGGCCUUCAUACGGGCACCGUACUGGCCGGUGUAGUGGGUAGAAAGAUGCCCAGAUAUUGCCUGUUUGGACAUAGUGUGACUAUAGCUAAUAAAUUUGAGUCGGGCAGCGAGGCACUGAAGAUCAAUGUUAGUCCCACGACCAAAAACUGGCUAACCAAACAUGAGGGCUUUGAGUUCGAUCUACAGCCGAGGGAUCCCUCUUGCCUACCCAAAGAGUUUCCCAAUUCAGGCACUUGCUAUUUCCUUGAAGGUUUUCGCAAUCCAGCUUUGGACAGCAGCCUGCCAAUAGUGGAGCAUAUUAAUGCCGCCAUGAAGACCAUAUCCGAGGGUGGCGAUGCCUAAACAGAGCUUUCCUAGAUUAAACACUUGCUCAGUAGAAUGACAUACAUACAUAUAUAGUUCAAUGCACUUGUAGAGAAAUUAUGUUCCCCCUGUCUCUCCCAAAAGAAAAAAAACUUUGCUUAGCCUUCAGCAAAAUAAAAUUUAUCGCCAACAAUUUGCGUUCCAGGCACAAGAUA